AUGGCACUGUUUGAUCAUCUGAUGAAUUGCGGAGAAAACCUCGUCGAUCAGGACUGGAAUCACUGGAAACUACAGAUGAAGUCGUGGAUGGAGGACGUGAAGGAACAGGAGAGACAGAGCCGAUCCGGACCGUCGGCCGGCCCUCAGUCUUGCGGUAGCGCUCAUUGCGGCCAAAAAAGUGCUCCCAAUUGCGGUACCAGUCGUGACAGUGAGCAGAUGUAUCCCGGAUUGGAGGCAUUGCACGGCUUAUGGGCUCAGUUCGCCAACAGAGGACCCGGAGCUCAGCGCCAGACUCGCGAAGACCCGUCCAAUCAGGUGAAGAGCGACGCCAAGAAGAUGGUCAUCAAACUUGAUGUCCAAAACUUUGACGCCCAAGAGAUCAGCGUUAAGAUUGUGGACAACUUUAUAGUGGUGUCGGGCGAACACCCGGAGAAGGCCGACCGCUUGAGUCUGAUUAGCCGUAAGUUUCAGCGCAGAUACGAAUUGCCGGCCGACGUCGAGGCCGACACCAUUGUCUCGACUCUCACUCCCGAUGGAGUUCUUAUCAUUGAGGGCCUCAAGAAGUUUGUUCCGCGAGAAGCGGGCGCUGAGAUCGUGAUUCCCGUACAGAGAGAACAGACCAACGCUUCCGACGAUCAGCAGGAAAAGUAUGCGUCCGAAGAGAAGAUGGACUAA